ACCCAAAUUGCACAGCCCCUUGUUGCUUCUACUGUGGCAAUCUUCAAUGGUUUGACUAGUUGUAUGGACGCCGUCAUAAUUUGCAAAUCUUUCUAUCUCUUCUGGGUCGUGAGAGGAUCCCCAGGUUGAGAGCCCGUGCGUGGUGCAUCCCUCUCCCAUUAAUUACCGCGCUGCCAAUGACGAGGUCAGUGGCGCGCGCAUGUUCUCUUGAUCAUAGUCAGGAAUCAAUUUUCGAGCAAGAAGUUUCUCUUACAAGAGCAUAGACAUUUCUUUCGAACUCUCAUGGCGUCGAUCCUACGACAGAUUGUUGCCGGUCCUCGACAGCAGCAUCCUGAGGCAGGCCUGGAUCUCUGUUAUGUGACGGACAACUUGAUUGCAACAUCCGGUCCAUCCUCCAAUUACCCGCAACGCGCAUACCGCAAUCCCCUUGACGCACUUGUAAAUUUCCUCGAUUCCAAGCACGGUAGCGACUGGUGCAUAUGGGAGUUCCGUGCAGAGGGCACAGGAUACCCGGACUCCGAAGUCUAUGGCCGCAUCCACCAUUAUCCAUGGCCGGACCACCAUCCACCCCCCUUUGCUCUGCUCCCUGCCAUAACGGGGAGCAUGCGCAAUUAUAUCCACCGACUAGAUGAUCCCGAGUCCGCCAAUAAAUUGACAAGCGACAAGCCCGAUCGAGUCGCCGUCGUUCACUGCAAGGCGGGCAAGGGCCGCAGCGGGACCGUCGCAUGCAGCUACCUGAUCAGUCAGGAGGGAUGGAAGGCAGAAGACGCACUGCAGCGGUUCACGGAGCGCCGCAUGAGGGUCGGUUUCGGUGCCGGGGUAAGCAUACCCAGCCAGCUGCGCUGGGUGGGCUACGUGGAUCGGUGGUCUAAUCAGCUGGAGAAGAAGUACAUUGAACGACCCGUCGAGAUCCUCGAGGUGCAUGUCUGGGGUCUAAGAGAUGGGGUCAAAGUGGCCGUCGAGGGGUAUGUGGACCAGGGGAAGAGGAUUAAGCAAUUCCAUCGAUUUCACAAGACUGAGCGCACGGUCGUCGACGAUAUGAACGUCUCGAUCCCGGAGAGCAAGAAUGAGAACGCGCAUCCGCUGCAAGAGAAGGCGAACAACAGUAACAACAACAGCAGCAGCAGAAAUAGUGGUAGUGGUCCGGAAGAAUCGUCGAGAUCGUCACCUACGGGCUCCUCCACCUCAGAUAUCCCGGUCUCCUCGGCCACGGUCGAUUCGACGGCAACAUCGCCACCAUCAUCUACACCCAUAUCGUCGACCAAACCCCAAAAUAACCCUAUCAAACACAUUUCCAACGCCAUCUUCCGGCCUCGACAGCCUAUCAUCGUCCCCACUUCCGACGUCAACAUCGACUUCGAACGCCGCAGCAAGGCCGCCUACACGGGCUGGGCGAUGGUCACCUCGAUCGCCCACGUCUGGUUCAACGCCUACUUCGAAGGAGGCAACGAGCACGACUCCGGCGUCUUCUCCAGUGAAUGGGACGCGUUAGACGGAAUCAAAGGCACAACCCGCAAAGGCGUCAAGGCCCUCGACCGCGUCAAGGUCGUCUGGCGCUACGCCUCCUCCUCCUCCUCCACCACUAGUCCAGCCGGUGGUAAUGCUAGCAAACAACAACAACAUGACACCGAGAACAACGCGACCACCACCCUGCAAGAGGAAGGCCAACCCAUCUUUGAGCCCAAACCAGGCGAACCAGCCCCAGAAAUCCAGCCACCGGACUGGCACAUUCACGCGACCGAUUCCGAUCAGCAGGAGAAUCUAGAUCCUUCAGAAGAGACCAGUAGGAACUUAUCAUCCUCAUCGUCCCCUCUCAAGAAAGGACAGCACGGCCAUAUCAAGCACAAGCUGGGCAACGGCCACGGCCACAAAUCCUCCACAGCAUCAGACCACUCCAUCGCCGCCGAGCUUACGGCCACGGCCGCAGCCUCGCUGCAGGACUGGGGUAAACAUCUGGGGCUGCGGAAGCAGACGGACGAGAGCAAGGAUGUGAGUUUGGCGGGUAGUGAGGAUGAGUUGAAGACGGAGACGAAGAAGUAGAGAUGUAGAUGUGAAUAUUUUCCGUCGUCGUCUUUUUCUUGUUGUUAUCAUUAUUCUUCCGUCUUCUGGUUUACAUCAUAUAUGUAUACGAAUUCCAUACACGAUGAAUUUGUAUGUAGUAUGUAUAGUUUGGGAUGGAUUAAGGAAGAGGAAAAGUGGGGGACGGGUGUUGUCCUGUAUUUUCGGUGGACAGUUUUUCCUACUAUUGGGAUUUGGUUUCUUGUGAACAGAGAUGAGGAAAAGAGUGGAUAAGAUGUGAGUAUAUGGAUCCGGAGUUGGGG